GCUUUCCCAGUCGCCAUUACAGACACAGACGGACACUCACUGUUAGAAAGCCUUGUCCGCCUUGUCAGACUUCCUGAUACUUAAACCCCCAAAUAGACAUACGUAGAAGCGGAGCAUAAUUUUCUCUUUUGGGCCCAUAUCUCUUCCCCUAUAAAAAUGCGUGGAAUGUUCCGCGGAAACAUGAUGCGAGGUCGCGGAGGACCAAGGGGCGGACAAAGCCGGUUCAGCGGACCGUUCCAGGGCAACCAGAACCGUCCCAACCCGAUGUUUGAGAAUAAUAAGGCUCAACAGCAGCAGCCUCCGAGUUUGAUGAAGCAGCAGACGCAGAAUCAGCAGGCGAACAAGCCUAAUCAACAGCCGCAGCAGGUAAAUAAACCUCCAGCAGCAAACAACACAACACCCGCUCCUCAGCAGCCUCAACAGCAGUCAAAACCUCAAGGCCAGCAACAGGGCCCUGCCGCUCAGCAAAUGCCAAAGCCAGCAGAGAAGAAGAAUGAGGCCCCUGUCAAAGCUGAACCUGUCACCCCAGCUGUCAAGAAGCCCGCUGGUCCGCAAAUAGGCCCUCAGCUUCCACAAGCUGCCAGUGGUCCCUCACCACAGCAGAAGCCACCUCAGCAGCAGCAAGCUCCGCAACAGCCCCCACAGAUCCAACAGCAGACAAAACCACAGAACCCGCCGUUCCAGCAGCAAAAUCAGGUCACGCCGUUCCAACAGCACAACCAGAAUCAGCAUUACAAUCAGCAAAGUCAGAACCAGAAUUUCCAGUCAAGGAACAUGGAUCAGCAGAGGAAUUCCCCUCAUCACAACCAACCAAGGAGCCAGCAAGGUGGCGGCGGUGGCAGGGAUGGAGGUGGCGGAGAACGCAAGUUCAACCCAUUCAACAGACCCUUCGGGGGAAAUAACAUGAAUAGAAGUGGAGGACCAAGGACUCUGGAGGAAAGACUCAAUGAGAGAGUUGCCUCCCUCAGUGGACCAACUUAUGAUAUGCCCCCUAAGGAAGACACAAAGGAAGUCAAAUUUUCUGGACACUGCAGACUGUAUGUUGGCAACAUUACCUCUGACACAUCCGAGGAUGACAUCAAAAACUUGUUUUCGCCAUUCGGAGAGCCAUCUGAGAUUUUUGUAAACAAGGAGAAGAACUUUGCUUUUGUCAAAAUGGAUUACAGGGCAAGCGCUGAGAAUGCCAAGAAGGAGUUGGACGGUACUCAGCGCAGAGGCAAAGUGCUGAAAAUUAGAUUCGCUCCUCAUGGUGCUAUCAUCAAGGUGAAAAACUUAACCUCGUUUGUGUCCAAUGAGCUGCUUGAGACGGCAUUUGGCGUGUUUGGAGAGAUUGAGAGGGCAUACAUCAUCACUGACGAGCGUGGAAAGUCUACUGGCUCCGGCAUUGUCGAGUUUCAGCGCAAGCCCGCUGCCACUCUUGCAGUUAGAAAGUGCAAUGAAAACUGCUUCUUCCUCACAUCAGCUCUGCGGCCAGUGAUCGUAGAGAUGCAUGAAGAACUCUCUGAUCCUGAAGGUCUGCCCGAGAAGAGCAUUUACCGCAAGUCUGGUGAAUACAUGAAAGAGCGCGAGAUGGGGCCCAGGUUCGCCAACAUCAACAGCUUUGAACACGACUAUGGCACCCGCUGGAAGCAGCUGUUUGAGUUGCGCAAGCAGAAACUUGAGGCAGUUGAACGGGAGAUGAAACUUGAAGAGGAAAAACUAGAGGCUCAGAUGGAGUACGCUAAAUAUGAACAUGAAACUGAGAUGCUUAGAGAACAGUUGCGUCAGCGUGAACAAGAUAGGGAUCGACAGAAGAGAGACUGGGAGAUGAAAGAGCGUCAGCAAGAAGAGCGCAAGAGACAGGAGGAGGAUAUGAUGAGAAGGAAGCAAGAGGAGAUGCAAUUGAGGAUUGUCCGUCAGGAAGAAGACAUGAGGCGUCGCCAAGCUGAGAACACCCUUUUCAUGCAGGCUCAUCAGCUGAAUACACUCCUGGACAAACAAGAGCAGGCCAUGCUUGGAGACGAGUUUGUUGAUCCAUUGGUUGGUGAAGGUUAUGGUAGAGCUGGACCUGGAAAUUUGCCUGUGGACCCGAAAGCGUUCAUGGACUCGUACGAUCAACGACCGUCCAACAACGGAAGGGGCGCAUAUGAUGACGUCGAGAUGAUGGAUAGAGACGGAAUGUUUGACAGGGACAUGGACAGGGGACGUUUCGGCAACGGCAAUCGUGGUCGCUGGGGCGGUAGCAGCGACUAUCAGUCGCAGGGUUCCCGCAGGGGCGACAACGAUUUCCCGAACAAACGUCCCCGGCGCCACUGAGCCCUUUGACAAAUAACCAGCACGAUUUCUCUCAGCAAGGACUCAUUUGCUGCGAAACAAACACUUAGGACCGUAGUUAAAUAUUACAAUCUACUAAAAUUAUUAUUACUGUCGGAUAAGUACCGAGUUGAAAUGAAAUCGUCGGUAUUGAGACGUUGUGGUUAAAUGUUUAAAGUAAAUUGAUUUUCAACGCGCCACAUUUAUUUUUGGCCAUUUUUCAUUUUAAUGUAGCGUUGUAAUCGUAUUGAGAUACAUUUUACUCUUCGUAAAGUAGAUGUGAAAUCUAACUAUAAUUUGCGUGCGUAUUCUUGUUUUGACGAUCAGAGUAUGUUGAUGGACAAUUGAUUCUUUUACAACCUCGGUGUAACCAUGUAUAAGAAAAUGUGUGGAAUAAAGAAAGUCUCCAACAUUCUUAGUAAAA